AUGCCUUCGCUCAAGGUCCCGGAUUCCGGCCUCAUUCUUGAGAGCUCGGCCGCCUCGGGCAACCCUGUACCGCCCCAGGCCUUCACCAUCAACCUAUCCGACAAUGUCCUCGAGGACAUGAUCAAGUGUGUGCAAAGUGGUGAAGACCUCCAAUUGUCCCUGGGGACUAGCCCGACAUUGCUCUACGGCUCUAGCUCCCACAUCCUUUCCCCGAUCCCCGAACCAUACUCACACGACCUCUUCCUCACGAAACCCUUCGAGUCGACCAAACGAGCUACACGAUUACCACAAACCUCGUCGUUAUGGAAAAAGCUGCCCGGCCCCGAGGCCCCCAAGAAGGCCGAGCAAGCCAAGGCGAAGGGUGCCCCUUCGACCUCGUCGUCCGGCAUGGACUCGGAUAUAGAGAAUCUGCAGAACUCCAUCGCCGCGGCGACGGCAUCGAAGAAGCAGUCACGGGUCAUGGAUAGGUUAGCGCCGGCGAACAACAAGAAGGCCACGGGAAAGACGGCCAAGUCUAAGCUGCUGUCGAGCAUGGCGUCCUACGGCAACGGCGGCGGCAAGUCUUCCCCUUCGGGGUCACCGGCUCUGGUAGCCGUCAGCUCACCGUCGACGAAUCCAGUCUUUUCAUCUUCGCAACAGGUUGUUGAGAAAUUCAAGGAGCAAAGGUCAAUGAUUGUCCACGAGCUGGCGGUGCAGGACCGGCCGUACGACUACUUGGAAAGUCUCUGGGAGGGCAAAGAGGAAGACUUCAAGCCCGCCCUGGAGAAGGUAGCCCAGUUCGAGCCGGACACGCAAAUGUGGGCGUUGAGAAAGCAUUACUGGAGAGAGUUGGAUGUGUGGAAGUACGACUAUGAUACCCAAGAUACCCGUCAGAAGGCGAUCGACAACGCCAUCCGACAGUUUGACAAGAUGCGGUUGGCAACGACAGAGACCGAGUGGCAGAAGCUCCUACCGAGGGAGGAACGAGGAAAGGGCAAGAUCCUCAGCAAGUUGCAGGCGAAUAUCGCUAAGGCUUCUUCCGCCGCACCCCCACCGAAGAUCAAGGUCAGCGACGCAACAAGCGACAACGGUGACGAAGACGUCCUUAAGACCAAGGGCGGCGAAACAAUGUCACGGUCAUCAUCGAACCCGCUACCGGCGAAACCGAAGAAGCCCGCCGACUCCCAGGUCAAGCGCCUCUUGUCGACGAACAAGAAAGCCGCGACGCCCAAGGCUGCGCCGAGCAAGAGCAAGGAGAAGGCACCUGCGGCCAGCAAGAACGGCCGUGUUCUUUCCGCAGAAUUCGUCACCAACUCUGACUCGGAUUCCGAGUCUUCAGAGGACAAGCCAAUGGCAAGCAUUGUGGCCUCCAAGCCUAGACCAGCACCUGCUGCUGCGCCUGCCCCCAAGAAGAAGCCCGAGGCACCUGCACCGAAGCCGAAGAUUGCUGUGCCCAAGCCGAAACCCAGACCGGCUGAGAAGCUGGCAGAGCGACCAGCGGAGAGAUCAAUUGAGCGGCCCAAGGAAAAGUCACCUCAGCCUCCUCGGGAGACCAUCAAGGCGACCAGGGCACAGCCGCCUAAGCGACGGCGAGAAGAGGAGGCAGACGACAGCAGCUCCAGCUCUGGCGCCCCCCUGGCCAAGCGCGCGAAGCCCAAGGCGCCGCUGAUCAAGAAGGCACCCGUCAGCCUGAAGCAGCGCCCGGCAGACGCCUCGCAUGCUUCGUCCCGCAACUCGUCUGGCGUUUCGUACAAGAGCAAGAACACCUCGCCAACCAAGUCCUCGCCAUUGGCUUCGUCCCCACCAACGAAUGCAUCAGACCUCGAGCACUCGGCACCGCCCAAGAAGCGCAAGGUGGUGGAAUCUUCCGACUCCAACGAAAGCGCCCGGACCAAGCCAGCCCCCAAGCGUCAACGCGGACUCAGCCCCGAGCUGGUGAGCAAGGCCGCGCGUUUCAAGGCGUUCUAUGAAAAGUAUGAGACUCUACACUGGGAGAUUGCCGACAUGCGCAACCCGCCCCAGGAGAAAAUGGACGAUCUCCUCGAGAUGCGCGAGCGGCUCAAGAGCAUGAAGACGGAAAUCUACAGGGAGUGCCCACCUGCAAUCGCGGUCGCUUAG